AAACGUAUUGAGACGAAGUUUUCCAAAAAAGAAUAAAAAUCGAUAUGAUGAAUUUAUUCCUCACAGAAUUUCCGAAGAGAAAAAUUAAAUACACAUUUUAAAGUCUUUUGUUAUAGUAAAAAGACCUUAUGAUUUCUAAACACAAAGAGCAUGGAAAUAGAGGGCAUUGUGUUGAACAGCGAUGAUAAUGGUUUGGUGUGAGAUAUUAACAAAUCCUUUUACGUGCUAUUACAGUGCAGCGUUCCAGGCCGGAAAUUCGAAAGAAGGGGUCCGCUCGUCUGGUGUGCUGGUCAUGGAUCUUUAAACAAUAUUUUCACUUCUCGUUAACGACAGAAAAUAUCCAUAGAAUCGGGGAAAUAUUAAUAAGCAAUUUUAUUGUGUAAAUAGAUAAAAAAAAAAUUCAGAAGUUAAAUUUCUUGCUCUCUCGAUCUACAAUCAACGAUUAAAAAGGGACUUCCAGCGGUUUGAGUGUUGCGCGGGAUUAAUUUGUUGUUGCUUCAAGGAAGGUGCAUGUUUUUACUGCCUGCAAUGUAGCGGGAUCGUGAUGUUGGGGGCACGGAUUAUCCAUCGGUGAAAGCAGAAAUGGGACUGUUCGGAUUCUCUGCACUAUGUCUAUUUCUCACCCUCUGUGUUCAACCCGGGGAUCUAGCAUGCACUUUCCCUUUCACCGGAACUUGGGUGACCAGUAACCGCGGAACAUGGACCGUUACAAGCAAUACUACAGAGAACUUCAAACUUCGUGUAGACGUGGCAUCUGACAGUCUGUGGACCAUGGAGUGUUUCUCCACAGACGGAACGUACUACAUACUCAAAUCAACAGGUAUCUUUUACCCAUUUACAACUGUGCCAACGUACAUCUACACCUGUAUGACGUUUUCGAAGCAAUCGGACAACAAAUAUCUCUAUACUGUGAAUACAGUGGAAUAUGCUGUCCUCACAUCUCCUAUCAAGGUUUAUGAACGAGUUAUUUUAAAAUCCACCUCUGCACCUGCUCCUGCGCAAAGUGAAGUGUGCACAGACACAACAAACCUAGGGAUAGAGCGAGACCACGUAGCACUUCAGUCUGGUUUCGAGGUAGCAGCAGCAGUCACGUGUCCUACAAGUAUCCAUGGAACGUGGUCUUACAACUACACAGGACUGACGUGUUCCUCUACUACUCUAGAUACGUGCUCUGACAAAACCAAGUUCGCCUACAACAACACAGAAUGUGCAGAAAAUCCGAUGUUUUCAAGUGGUGGUUCGUUAUAUUGUGUGUACUCAGGAACAAGUGGAGAUAGCACAUAUGUGACCCUCUACAAUGCUGACGGCUCAGUUUCAAGUCCAACUACUUUUCAGUUUUCUUGCAUGGUGUUAACAACUUCCGGUAGCUCAAUUUCCGCUUCCGUAAAUCCUGAAGCAUGCGCCACGGGCCAGACAUCUACGUCCAUAAGUACUGAAUACGGAAAGACUGUCGAAUUCGCCGAUAUAGCAACGACUGCCUGUUACCCAACAGCUCCAACAUCAGAAACAGAUUUAACCUGGCUCUAUAUUCUCAUAGGAGUUCUUCUAUUUAUUAUAAUUGUGUUAAUCAUCAUCAUUAUUCUGUGUAUCGUCUGCCGUCGCCGGAAACGCACCCAAAUUGAUGACGAAGAACGCAACAUCACAGAAGAGUCAGACGAUGACAAGAGCACAAAGAGCGAAGAACAGGCACAGAAUGAACAGAAUGCACCGGAAGAGUUAAGACACGAAGAAGAGAAAGAACCCCCGUCGGGGGAGACAAAACAAGACGAAGAGGAAGACGAGGACGAUCGAGCAUCGCAAGAUUCCGGCUUUAUUCCGGAUAAACUUGACAAAGAAGAAGAGCAGAAGGAGAAUGAGGAAAAAAAGGAAGAGGAAGUCCGAGUGGAGGUUGACGGACAAACGAAGGAAGAUCAAGAGAGACCGGAUACAGUUAUUAGUAAAAUGUCGGAUCUCGGUAGCACUAUAGCACCCUCAGAACAGGUAGAUGGGGCUACGCCCUUACCGAGCCAGGAUCCUACCCCAAGAGAUCUAGAAGAGGAAGAAAACAAUGAGCAAGAGAGCUCUGAGGACGAAGAAGAAGUACAAAGGAGAAUUAGGGAAAUUGGCGGGAGAAAGCAAGGACACGGAUAUGUUCCGGAAGGACAGCUGAGCAAAGUUCUGAUCACAAGGGAUAUGCACGAGAAAAAGAGGAACAAGAAACAGAGGAAACUCGGUCGCUUCGCUCGGGGGAAAUCGAAACCAAAGCACGACAAGCGUAAGGAUGGUGGCGGUUCCCCCGAUUCGUUGGAGGAAGAGGAGCUCCGAAAGAAUGGGGAUGGUAAGAAAGCCGAGUUCAUGGAACAGUACCUCAACAAGAAGCGCAUCGAAACCAAGCUUGACGAAGAACACUACUGGAGUGAGGAAGACGACCACGCCGAGUUCAAAAUGGAGGAUUAUGAUGACGAUUUCGAAGAGUCUUUCCCGAAGGAAAACAACAAAGCAGAAGAGGAAAUGGUAGUAGAAAAUGUGGACGAACCAGACGACACAGGCAAACCAAAAGCAGACGGCACCGAAAAGGAGCGCGAGAAGGACAGCGGAACUGACAGUCCGGGAUUUCGGGUCACGCCCCCUGGGGGUGAGGACGAUGAAAAUGGCGGGAACAUAGACAGUGACCAAGACCUUCGUGAUGUCGAAGAAGACGAAGUAUUCGAUGAGGAAUACGUCAAGGGGAUCUCGAAAUUACCUCCAGGAUUCGUUCGGGACUCACAGGGACGAAUCAUUCGCGUCUCAGAUGGUCAGAUAAUAUCGGAGGAAGAAAUGGCUCGCUAUUUCAAGAAAGCGAGAAUCCGAGGGUUGUUCAAAAUCCAGCGUUUAAAACGGAACAAAAAGGGACGUCCAACUGGGGGAUAUAUUGCCGACGAGUUUGGUCCAGAGAUAACGCAAACUCAGAAGGAAGAGUCCAAGGAUGGUGACGGGGAGGAUGGUCCUAGACCCAAACAACCGAGGUCUUCAGCCGACAGGAUUGCUACUUCUGAGCGAAGGCAGAGGCCGUCUCUGACAAAGGUUGACAACACGGGGGGUAAGUCCGUGGCCUUCAAUGUCGGACAACACCAGGAGGAAGAGGAAGUGAUAACGUUUGGUGAUGAUGACGAUGACGUCAAAAGAAAAGGACGGCGAGAUGUUGGGACACCUAGCCGUGAACUUCUAAAGAAACGCCUGUUUAAGUCUCGCAAAAAGCGCGAUCCUCAGAUGAUAUACGUGUCAGAAUCUGAAAAGCCCCGAGAACUGAACGAUCUGGUGAAGGUGUACGGGAGGGGCGGGGGAGGGGCUCCAUUGGGCGGGCCCGGUGGCAGACCCCCGCUACCACCCUCUUCUUUACAAAGAAACGACAGUACACGGAACUCCCUCAACCCAGAACAACUCCGACAAUUUAGGCUGGGUCUGGCUAAUGACCAGAAGUUCUUGGAUCAAAGAAAAGGCGGUGGAGAUAGGCAUGUCCGGGAAGCAUUCACAACGCCCAAUGACCUUGAAAUCGAGGAAAUUCAGAUGGAUGAUGAGGAGAGGAGGUCUAUUGAUAUUGGAGAUGAGGAUGAGUUUGUCCUCGUGGGGAACAGAACACAGGGCCGCCCUGAAGGAUAUCAAAACUCACCUGAACCCUUCUUUACGAUCGUGCGACGAAGUGGAGAGAGAAUUAAUCAAGAACAAACGCCACCAUGGUGCACACGUCACGAAUUACGUCAUACCAUUCCAUGGUCUCUCAGAGAACCCUCGAGUAUGACUAGGGCAAACACAAUGGUCAAUGAUUCCGGGGAGAGUAUGCGCUCCCUUGGUGCUUCGAAGUCGGCUGACGCUAAAAAGCGAAAUAUGGACGAUUGGCGCCUCCGAAUACUUCUGGAGGAACUAUAUAAAGACAAGAAAUACUUUGACCAUGUGAUUGACUCAACAGAUCGAGAAAAGGACCCAAUACUGGACGAAAGAGAUCUUGCUGAACAUGGCCGCGGGUAUCUUUUGAAUAGGGCCGAAUAUUGGGAUCAACAAAUGAGGGACAAUCCCAUGCCCAUACCACCAUGGUGUGUCCCUUCUCGGGUUAACACUUCUAUGAAACUAAACUCGGGGCGAGGAUCUCAAACGUCUACAGUCACGCCUCCAAUUUAUGGAUCCCCGCCCCCCUCCUUGAACGUGCCAAAUGAGCCUCAAGACACUCCAUAGCACUCAACUCCGAAAUUUAAUUCAGAAGUUCUUCCGCAUACAUUCGAUACCUCUUGAGAGUUUUACAUAUGGCGCGUGGUAUUUGUUCCGAUUGAUUGAGCUGCUGGUUUGAAGGAUAUUCAAAAAUUCGUCUUGGAUGACGAAAUUAGCGUUGAAAAAUAAUGUCUCAAAUUAUCUGUUGACGAAACGGAAUGUAAAUAUUUAUUUAUUUUGUAUUGUGUCAUGUUAUCAACGUCUAUUGUAGCCAAAAUAGUCUACAAGCAUAAUUUCCAUGGCGAGUUUUACGGUAUAUGAUAAUGACACGCCAUCUGAGUGCUCCAUGGUCUGUGAUAGUUAACUGUAAUGGAUCGGAAUACAUUACAGUAUCCCUUCAGUAUUAUUUAAGUUUAUCUAUUUUGUUUAUGAUGCUCAUUGUUCCUUAUUUGUAAUCAUGUAUUAUGUGUUAUGUACAGUACUUCUGUUUUUUCUCUUGAGUUGAGUAUCCAAUAUGCCUCAUUCAAAUACUACGCAAAGAAUAUGGCAAUGGGACUCGGAGCUUCAAAUGCAAUGUUUUGUUAUAUGACAUCACUAUGUAAAGCAAUAAAUAUUAUUUUUCAUUGUU